GCUCAGAGCUCGCUCAGCGGGCUCGAAGGGGUUUGCGUCGCGUGCGGUUUUGGUGUUCGCGAUGGACGCCUUUGCAAGCCUAGAGCCCUCGGUGGUGGAGGCGCUGGAGACGUCUGCACCAUGGUUGUUGGAUCCAAAUGGCCCAAGCCCUACCAGUCAACGCAAUGUCGGAAGUCCAAAAACUCAAGGAAUACAGGCGGCCAGCCUUCAGCUUCCGACAGGCUCUCCUACACGGGCCAGCGCAGGAGUAGGAGUGAUGGAGCCAUCCAGAUGGAGCUUCCCUCGAGCCUUCCCAACAGAGCCGGUGAUUGCUGACAGUGCGAGGAGCAACCAGGCUUCGAUCGGAUAUGUGGACGCCAACAGCCCGUCAAGGCGGAUGGCGCCCCCCGCGCUUGCGAGCCCUGUGGGCUCGUUCUCGAGUGUCACAGCAGCAGUCCCGGGCUCGAUCAGGAGUGUUCAAGUGGUGCCGGGCCCCCCAAGAAGUUAUGUGGACACGAACAGCCCGACGAGGAGUAUUGCAUCGCCUGCGCCUCCGAUCAGUUACGCAGUGGACCCUACCAGCCCAUCAAGGAGUAUCGCAGCACCCGCCACGACCAGUCAUGUGCUCAGCAGCAGUCCGACGAGGAACGACGCAGCGGUCCCAGACGUGACCGCCGUGACCAGUUCGGCGUUCGCCAAAAGCCCGCCGAGGCGAGUCGCAGCAACGGUCCCAGACGUGACCGUCGUGACCAGUUCGGCGGUCGCCAAAAGCCCGCCGAGGAAAGUUGCAGCAGCGGUCCCAGACUUUACCGUCGUGACCAGGAAAGUCGCAGCAGCGGUCCCAGACGUGACCGUCGUGACCAGGCCAACUGCUGCCAGCUCUGAUGAGCCGACCAGGCCAGCUGCUGCCAGCGCUGAGCCGACGAGGCAAGCGGAAGCCACCAACCCUGCGCGGAGGUACUUUCACACAGCUCCAGGCCCGCAUCUUCCAUGGAGGCAAGAAAGCGGCCCACCCCGGAGGCCUGGUGAGAAAUCCGCGGCAAGGAAGAUGCAAGAAGCUUCGGAGCUGGCAAGGACACCCGAAAAGAUGGCGACCAGCAAGCCGUCCAGUCCUUCGAGGAGUCUGCACAGGGACCAGACGUCCCAGACAGACCUCAGAAAGGAGAACCAGAUGUCCCAGACGUAUUUGAAGCAAGAGAACCAGAUGUCCCAGACGGAUCUGCAGAAGAAGGAGGACCAAAUGUCCCAGACGACAAGAUCAACUCGUCCCGCUCCGAUGCAGGCGGACGGCCACGGAAAUCAUGACAGCCCCAGAAGGACUGCAGAUGCCAAGGGAAGGCCGGGCUCCCCCGCCUCACCGAAGUCGGCGCGCUCGGAUGACAAAAGCCCGGGCCGGCCAUUUCGCUGCAACGAAGGCGGCUCGCAUCCCGCGGGGCUACAGAGCCGGCUUUCGUGCUCCGCCAAAGACGUGGUGAACACGCGGUCACGCUUCGGCCUAGGGAACGGCAAGAAGGCGCCGAAGGUGAGUUGCUUCGAGGCCAUGUUCCAGCAGCGCGACCCCGUGCAGACGGUGGACGUGCUGUUGGUGGGAGGCGGCAUCAUGAGCGCCACUUUGGCUUUGCUCCUGAAGCAGCUGCAGCCAGCCUGGAAGAUCGUGAUUGUCGAGCGUUUGCCGGAGGUCGCUCAGGAGAGCUCGAACGCCUGGAACAACGCGGGCACGGGGCACGCUGCCUUGUGCGAGCCCAACUACACGCCAGAGGUGGGCAAUCGCGUGGAUAUCCACAAGGCGGUCACAGUCAACGAGAACUUCCAGCUCAGUCGGCAGUACUGGGCUUACCUCGCUGAGAGAGGCUUGGUGCCGGAACCCCGGAAGUUCAUCACCCACACGCCUCACAUGACCUUCGCGCGGGGAGAGGAGCAGAUCUCUUGGUUGCGAAAACGCUUUGACGUGCUGAAAGAACAUCCGCUCUUCGAGGGAAUGGAGUACUCAGAGGACCACGAGACUAUGCACGAGUGGGCUCCGCUGAUGAUGGAGGGCCGCGAUCCCUUAGACAGGUGCGCCUUCACUCGAGUCCCUUAUGGCACUGACGUAGACUUCGGGGAGCUUACGAAGGAGCUCACCAAGGCCUUCAUCUCCUUGGGCGGCGAUGUGCAGCUCCUCACCGAAGUGUGCGACUUCAAGAGGGACGAGAGCGGCCUUUACGAUGAAACCUGGGUGGUCACCACCAGGAAGGCCAAGGCGCUGGGUCGGCCUGUGAAGUAUAGGGCCAACUUCGUUUUUAUAGGAGCUGGGGGCUAUGCGCUGCCACUGCUUCAGAAGGCAGGCAUCCCACAGAUCAAAGGCUUCAUGGGUUUCCCGAUCAGCGGGGAGUUCCUGGUCUGCCAGAACCCCGAAGUUGUGGCAAAGCACCAGAGCAAGGUCUACGGCAAGGCAGCCAUCGGUGCGCCGCCCAUGUCAGUGCCGCACCUGGAUGCCCGGGUCAUCGGGGGCAAGCCUUUGCUGCUCUUUGGACCCUUCGCUGGCUUCAGCCCCAGGUUUCUCAAGAGCGGCUCGAUGAUGGACCUGUUCAGGUCCAUUAGGCUCAGCAACAUCCUGCCGGCCGCGGCGGCCGGGCUCAGGAACCUGGACCUGUCCCUCUACCUCCUUCGCCAGCUUCUGACGACCAAGUCGCAGAAGCUGGCUGAGCUGAGGGAGUUCAUGCCAGAGGCGGAGGAAGGUGACUGGUCUUUGGUCACCGCUGGGCAGCGGGUUCAGAUCAUGAAAGCGGAUCCUGAGAAGACAGGCGUGUUGCAGUUCGGCACCGAGGUGGUGGCCGCGGAGGACGGGUCCAUGGCCGGUUUGCUGGGCGCCUCCCCUGGCGCCUCCACAGCGGUGCAGGUGGCGCUGGAUGUUCUGGCCUGCUGCUUUCCCAAGCACAUCGAGAGGUGGUCCGCCCCGCUGCAGGAGAUGAUCCCCAGCUUCGGGGCGCGCCUCUCCGAGCGCCCGGACCUGGCGCGCACCUUGCGGGAGUCCACGGCGGAGGCCUUGCAGCUGUGAGCCUGGAGUGGAGGUCUCUUAGGCCUUCCGCUCGGUGACACAAAAUGUCGACUUCGGUUUUCCACUUCGGAGACAUCCCA